CUAUAUGUGACACUAUUAUAUAAAUCAAAACUAAAGUCCAAAACCUCUGCAUCUUAUAUUUUUUUUCUCUCUCUCAGCAAACCCAUUUGGAUUCUGUGAACAAACCAAGCACACACAAAAAUUCUCAUCAAAGAUGUUCAGUGCCAAAAAAGCUGAGCUUCAUCCCCAGAACACAGUGCUCCAAAUCAAGCAAGAUGACAAGUUCUUCAGCAGGCUUCUCUCAAAGGAAGGUUCCAUGUCCAAACCCUCUUUCAGAAUGGCUGUGGCAGUCCCUUUUGUGUGGGAGUCUCAACCUGGCACCCCCAAAUACACUUUCUCUGAGGACACUCUCCCACCCCUCACUCCUCCACCUUCCUAUUUUGUUAACUCCAACAAAAAAAACAAGCCACUAAAGAAACGCUCAAGAUCCAACAUCUUCUUAGCACUCUUCCCAAAACUAAAUCUCAAGAAGAAAAACAUUCUCUCACCCUCUUCACCUACCUCUCCAUCUUCUCUAUGGUCAACCUCAGAUCAUUCUUCCAAAGUAGUUCCAAUGGAGAAGCAUGGAAGGAGGCGUUUCCUAAGCUUUGGUUCAUCUUUUGACUUUAGAGGAGAUGAAGAAGAAGAGAGUGCUAGUGCUUCUGCUACUUCACCAACUUCAACACUUUGCUUUGGCAUUUCUCGUUCUACAAGCACUUUGGCUAGUAUUGGCUUCCGAGGUUCAAGCAGGAGGUCAUGAAUUUCAUUGCAAUUAUUAAGCCUUUUUCUCACAGUAUCUUGGAGACUCAUCUUGUUUUGUGUGGCCAUGAUGCUGUGUUGCUGCUUAGAGUUUUAUGUGUAAAUGUUUUUUGUGCCUCUUCAUCCAUGUUUAAAAUGGCUACCAAUUUUUUAGGAUGGAAUUGGUCUUGAGCUUGUUUCUCUCAAAUAAAAGUUCUGCUUCUAAGGUGUAUUAUGUUAAAUAUAUUUUGCAUUUAAAAAGUUGAAAACAUCAUAUAUUGGUCCUCUUAAUUUGCCUUUAGAAUGUGGCAAAACUUUCAUUGACCUUAAUUUUAAGUAAGAAAUGUUGUAUCCUCUGUGGCUUAAUGUUAUUUUGGUUUUCUU